AUGCCUUCCCUCUGCAAUAUCGAACCCCACGCAGAACCACACGCAACACUACCAUCAGUCCGCCAAAGCAAAAUGAAAAUCGACGCUCUCCUCAACCCAGGCGACUCUCAGCCCCCCUCUCCACCCUCUCACCCAACCUCACCAACGACAACGACAACCCGCCUCAACUACCCCCAACAACCACUCCCCAGUCUGCCCGCAAGCCCGGGAGACUACUGGUACUCCAGCCCAGGCAGCCCAAACCAAACACUCCCCAUCCACGGCUCAAAUCCAAACCAGCACCAAAUGUUCCUCACCUACCGCAACCCGCAACCCCACAGCACCAUGACCCUCAACCAAAAGUCCAGCCACUCAGCACCCUGCUCGCCAGAUAUGUACCGCUCCCAGCGCUUCCCCAGCGUCUCGAGCAGCUCCUCAGCAGGUGAAGUCGGUGACCGCCGCCGGCCUCCUCGCCCAAAGUACGAGGAAGAGGAAAUGUACUUCAUCUGGUACCACCGCGUUGACCUGUGCCAGGAGUGGAAGGAGGUGCGCGAGGCUUUCAAUCGGCAGUUUUCGGCGAGGCAGAGACGUGGGUUCCAGGGGAUCCAGUGCAAGUUCUAUCGGUUUAUCAAGGAGAAGAAGUGCCCGACGUUGCGGGAACAGAGGCGGAUGAGGGAUGGGGAGUUUUUGAGGGAGGGGGUGCUUCGUUGCCGAAUCAGUCGAGGGGACAUAAGUUUGGGGUUAGGCAGUACAGUAAUGUUUGGUAUCCAUGGAUGA